AUGAAGAACACCAAGAUGAGUAAUGAGAUAUUCGUGUCGUUGACGAAUUUGCACGUUUUUUUCCAGUUGGCUUGUCCCCACUGGCCAGAGUUGGGCAUCGUUCCUGUCGUCGACGACGAAAUCAUGACCAUGGAUGACAGAAAAUCCAUUUGGAAGUGUCAAGCAGUGCGUCCGACUUCUUGGCUAAAACGAGGCUGGUGCUGCACGCAAUUCGAUCGUUUGAUCGAUCGGCUGACGAUCACUCCGCCGAUAUCCACUGCGAAUCUCGGGAUUGCCGAUCUGCCACUGCUGGACAAAACGAAUUCGAUCUACUCCCUCAUCUCCCCAGAAAAGCCUUACCUUGACAAUGGUAUUGAAAGCGUGUUUCCGCCCGGUAACGCCACUUGGGCCGCUUCAAAAAUUAGACGAUGUUCUAAAAAAAAGUUUUCGUCGUUAUUUCAAUCGAUUAUGGCUCAGACAACGAAGUUGACGAUCAGAAACCCUCACUACGCGAUCGGCCAAGAAAGCGGUGCGAGGGCGACAGUUCAGAAACGUGAGAUCGGUCCCACGGGUGAGGAACCUCACGGCGGCUUUUCCGGCCGUUAUCCGACUUCGUUGAGUCAGCACAUCCGUCCGCUUAGCCGUCGGCUUCGUCUGUCGCAAGGCCAACCGCUAUUGAACGCGUUCGUCCACUUCUUGCCGUCGUUUGGCUUCCGAAAGCCAUUGUUCGCCGGCGUCCUUUGA